AUGAACCAAUUUAAAACCAUCCAACCGCGGGAUCCAUCGUUUGUGUCGUACUUUAUACUGUGCUUCCUACGUGUCGUGCUGGUGUUUGUGCCGCAGCUCGGUUACAUUCAUCCGGAUGAGUUCUUUCAAUCGGUCGAAGUCGUUGCCGGUGACGAGUACGGGCUGGAGGUUACGCGCACGUGGGAAUUUAACAGCACGUUUCCGGUUCGCUCGAUGGCCAUCCCUUACCUGGCGCUGAAGGUGCCCUUUUCCUGCCUCCGGUUCGUGUCCAUGUACACGAACUACUACCUGGGAAUCAAUCUGCGCGGUAGCUACGUGACGCUGGUCUUUCCGCGCCUACUGAUGGUGGCACUUUCGUUCGUCAACGACUGGAGCCUUUACCGCAUUUGCCGUUCGUACGGGCUGCAGUACCAGUUCCGGCUGCUGACGCUUGCCAGCUCGUACGUGAUGCUCGUAUACGCCACGCACACCUUUUCGAACUCGAUCGAGAUGGCCCUGUGUUCGUUGCUACUCUACAUCGUCAGCGAUUGCAUGAUCCACUCGAACACGGUGCUCUAUCAGCGCGAGUUUUUGGAGGAAAAAUACCGCCGGGCACAGCGCACGGUGGAGAAGGUGCGAUUUUACAAGCUAACCAUGUCGCUGCCGUCACACUCGCUCAACAAAUGCGCCCUAAUGGCGACGCUGUGCGUGGCCGGGGUCUUUAAUCGGCCCACCUUCGUGCUGUUCGGUAUGCCGCUCGUCUUUCACUGGAUGCUGCGCGGGAUGGGCACCCGGACGGUUUCGUUCACCGACUUCAACCUGCGCAUCUUCAUCUUCGUCCUAUCGGCACUGCCGGCGCUGAUCGUGUGCAUCCUAGUUGACUCCGUUUACUACGGCUAUUUGACGCUGGCCGAGCUCGACCGGCACGAGAUUGGCAUCAACAGUUUCGUCGUGACGCCCGUCAACUUCAUCCGCUACAACCUGAUCGCGGAGAAUACGGCCCAGCACGGGGUGCACCCGGUCUACACGCACCUGCUCGUGAACUUCCCCGUCCUGUACAACGUGCUCGGAGUGAUUGCCAUCUUUUCGCUCCUCGUCAUGGUCCAUCGUUUCGCAUCGAACGAGUACACAAGCCUGCCGAGGGCACAGUCCUUCGUCGGGUUGAUGCUGUCGGCGAUCUUCUUCCCCACCGUGUGCCUAUCGCUGAUCAAUCACCAGGAGGCACGCUUUUUGAUUCCGAUCACCGUGCCGCUGGUGUUGCUGCACGCACCCAAACUGCAGGCCGGUCUGGCAAGCAGCUACCCGUUCCGGGCCCCCUCCCGGUUCAAGGACUUCCUGUACCACAAUCUGCUCGGUCCGUCCGUCAGUCCCAAGUAUCUGCUGAAGCUGUGGUACGCGGCCAACGUCACGUUGACGCUGUUUUAUGGGUUCCUGCACCAGGGAGGCGUCUAUCAGAUGGCGGACUACUUUAGCCACCAGGUGGACGUACGGUCCGCCGAUGUCCACCUGCAUCUCGUGACCAGUCACAUCUACAGCAUGCCGCAGUGCUUUCUCGGGCUGCCCAGUACCGAAACGUUGCUCGUCAGCCCGGACAGUGGGCAAAAGUAUCGGCGCAAGAAGCAGUUCUUUCUGUACGAGUACGGGUCCCUCGAGCUGGAGCCGCUCUACCGGAAGUUGAAGCUGUUGGUCGAUGUGUGUGAAAUGCGGUCGAUUAGCGAGCAACAGCGCUACCGGUUGUACCUGGCCAUUCCGUCCAGCUUGUCCGAGCGGUUGAACGAUAUCUUCCACAAUCGAACGGCCGCACUGAUCAAGCACAGUCAGGUGCGCGUUUUCUAUCCACACCUCUCGACCGAGGCAAUGCCGACCGUGUUUGGGCAGCAUCCGUGCGGUAUCAACACCGACGUCGACGAGCUGGACGACACGUGUCCGAUUUAUGCGCGCGACGACGAGCAGAACCAGAACCCGUUCAGCGUGGGUCGGCUGCUGAAGCAGUUCUCGUCGGUGGUGCACCAGUUCGGGCUGAUCCUCUACCGAAUCGAGGUGCGGCGCAUCAAAUAGCAGCCACUACCGCCACAGCAGCCACCCGAGGCACGGAUCCGCCAGACGACCUGGGUUUGGAGUGAUACCCGAAGCUAGUCAGCAAUCAGCACGCUUCUGUUUUGUGCGCCAU